UACCAUUCUCGCUAGAAUCGCUUCUUGUGGAGCCAGGAAGCCACGUCCACGUGCAUCCCGACGUAAAUAGUAACUGAUCUGGACCUGGACAACAUUUGAAGGAUUUAAGAUGAUUCAAGAACCAUACAUUGACAACUUGGUGGCAGACUCUGGAGCCUUCCUCCUCAAUGUGCCCCUCCAUCACAUGGCCAAAAAUGUGCUCACCGUUCCCGAGGUCGUGUCAGAAAUUCGCGACAAGGCCACUCGGGAUCGGCUUCAGGUUCUGCCUUAUGAGCUGAAGCUCAAAGAACCUAGCGAUGAGUGCAUCAGACAGAUCUCUGACUUUGCGCGCAAGACGGGCGAGCUGCGUUUUCUGUCCGCCACGGACGUGCGCGUGCUGGCGCUGACACUACAGGUGACGCGCGAAACUGUCGGCGGUGGGCACAUCCGUCUACUGCCAGCCGCCUCGCGCACCGACACCAAGCUGUACCACCCGAGAGAGCACAAACUCGGCCAGCUGCCGGUCGGCUUCGUGGAAAAGGUUGGAGAGCUCUCUGUGACAGGGAACGACGAGAAGUCCAGAGGUGACGGCGAACAGGUCGGAACGGGAACUGAUGCGCAGGACGGUGACAAGGUGAAGGAUGGGGAGGGGAAGGCUCCGGCACCCGGUGGCGAUGAGACUGCGGGAGAGAGGGAGGAACGAAAGAGAGGAGAGGCAGAGACAGAUGACCCCAACAGCGAGGAGAUGUUUGACGCGAAGGAGGACCCUGAGGAGGGCGACACUGAUGAGGAUGCUGGAGAAACUGAGAGCAAGAAGACAAAAGAUACAGAUGCGAUUGAGUCACAAGAGGGAGACGAGGAGGACGGCGAUGAGCAGCAGGAGGAAGAGGUAGAGGAGGAGGAGGAGGAGGAGGACGAUGGUUGGAUUACACCGGGCAACAUUCAGGCCGCCAAAAACGAGAUGAACGCUCAGGCCGGUGAAGUGGAAGAGCCCGUUAAGGUGGCGUGCAUGACCACGGACUUCACGAUGCAGAACGUGCUGAAGCAGAUGAACCUGGAGCUGGUGUCGAUUGAAGGACGAAGAAUCCGAGAGGUGCGCCGGUUCGUGCUGCGCUGCUUCGGAUGUUUCCAGGUCACCCCGCGCAUGGACAAGACAUUCUGUCCCUGGUGUGGCAACAAGACGCUGAAACGUGUCUCUGUUACGCUCAGGGCUGACGGCUCGCAGGAGAUCCACAUUUCUACUCGGAAACCAAUCAGCAAGCGCGGCACCAAGUACUCGCUGCCAUUGCCGCGCGGAGGGAAGUACUCGGUACAGCCGGUACUGUGUGAAGACCAGCCCCUGCCUCAGCAGCGCGCCACGGCACGCUCACAGGCCCGAAACGCCAUUCUGUCGGACGACUUUGUGCAGGGCGGCUCGCCGUUCUCACUGAACGACGUGAACUCGCGAGCAGCUCAGCUGGGCAGGAACUCUCGGUUCAGGCAGGUGCCCAACUGGGAGCGGCGCAACCCCAAUGCGCGCGCGCCGCCUACCGGUAACAAAAAGAAGCGCAGGAAGUAAUCCGCCCGGUAGGUGUCUCUGGCUGCGGGGAAUGUUGUGUUGAGGGUUUGUGAAGGGUUAUGCUGAAGACAUGCUACGAAUGUCGUGUUUUUGUAAAAAUAUUUCUAGCAUGUUUUGAAUCAGAUGCAUUGUUAAGUUGAUAUGUCGCAGGCACAUUAUUCUGGUGUGUUUUAUAGUCGUGCGUUGGGAUUCGCGAUAGCAGUGGGGAGUCUGUUGUGGUGAGAAUAAUCGACUUGGCACUUGGUCCGAUUGGACUCAAAGGGCCUAACCCAACAACAACAAAAAAAGAAAACUUGGCACUGGCUUGGUCCGUUAGGCCUGUAGUUUGUUGUCAGUCAUUCUCCUGACGUUAGAACUUUUUUUUCAUCUAAAAACAAAGUGUAUUACAAUCAAGUUUUAUAAAUGUCUUUUGUCAACAAAGCAAAUUUUGUAUAAUCACUAUUUUUUCGAACAAAAACAUAAUGGUUAAUGUGGUUAUUUUUACGCUAAAGUUAAGCUCAUUGAACUAUGCCCUUCGUUUUAAAGUCGUGCGCGGGUAGGGUUUCUGUGGGGCAUUGAACCAGUGCUCCCGGCUAUUUUCACUUUUUUUCAAUUGCGACUUGUCCGCUUGUCUAGGAGAGUUCUGCCGUCCAAAGGAAAAAAAGGGCAUCUCUGAAAAUUGAACUUUUCAGGAGAGCUAGAAAACCAUUUCAGUCAAGUUGUAGGUAUUUAUAUCGGCGCUGUGCGAUGGAGUACAAUAUUCUUACCACCAUUCGACUCGGCAAGACUUGCUACAUCCUACUAUCGCCUUAUUUUCAAUAAGAUAUGCCCCUAAUGCAAUAUAUCAGCCUUAAUGUUUAUUGACUUUGCCUCCAGCGACUGUAUCUGAAGUUCCAUGCAAGGGAAAAAAGCGGCAACUCGUCUCAGAUUGAGAUGCCGCUUUUUUCCCUUGAAAAGCUGCACUUUAUCCCAAAUAUUUACAAGGCAUUUCAGAUUGACAGGUACAAUGAAUGGCAGAAUGAAUGGCUUAAAUGCCUACAGGGCGAUUUAAAUAAUGCAAGAAAAGAGGAUGUGAGAUGUAUUUUAAUCGAACUUGUCGAUCAUAAUACAUCAACCCAACCCGA